ACCCCACUAGAGCUUCCAUAGUUCACCACCAGCUUCUUGGCUGUAGCUCGUUAUAAUCCUUCUGCUGCCUGCCAUUCCCCUGGUUUCAUCGCUUCGAGAUUCCUGUGAUAUUGGCAGUUUCUUCUCGCAAUAGCAAUACACCAACGCUCCUCACUUCUCUGCCCAUCGCCGGCAACAAUACCAAUCAAUCAAUCACAGCCUUCUAGCCAGCACAAACAAUACGCCACCAUGUCGUACGUCACUCUGGCCCAGCAGGGUCUCAGUGCUGCCGAGUCGCGCAACUGGGAUGAAGCCGUGGCCAAGCUUUCCACGGCCCUCCAGAGCUCUACAAAUCCAGCCUGGCUCGUUGCCCGUUCAAAAGCCCUGGUUGGACUCGAGCGGUACGAAGCGGCGCUGGACGAUGCUGACCUGGCGUGGCACACUGCCUAUGAGCGCAACAAGCGUGAUCUCAUGGCCAGCGCCCAGUACCGCCGCGGCGUGGCCUUUUACCACCUAAAGCAAUAUGCAAACGCCGACUACUGCUACCUGCACUGCAUGAGGCUCAUUAAGGGCGGUCCAGCGGUGCCCAAGGAGGAUCCUGGCCUGAAGCAUGUGGAUGACGGCGGAUUCUGGAAGGUGACUGCAGACGAGGCCACUGCUCAUGCUCGCAGCGAGGACAUUGGCAAACAGGACGAUGCUCUCAAAACCGCCAUGGGACAGUCUCAGUCUCAGCCACAGCACAGAGAGUGGCGAAUGGCCAGUGCCAUGCGAAUCCAGGCCUUGAAGGCAAUGGAGAAGCUGCCAGAGGACGAUGCGGGAAGGAAAUUGACGACAGCCUUGAUUCCCGAACAAAAGAAGCUCGCCGUCCACAAGUCUGAUAAGGCUCAAGACGAGACUUCACAGGCUAAGUCCCCGGCGGCAAAGCCUGUGGUUCCCAGCGAUGCACCACUUCGCCUUCAGGAUUUCCAAAGCAACACGGCCAUGUCUGUUUCCAUCUUCUCAAAGGGCGUCAAUAAGGAGAAGCUAAAGGUGGAAUUUCUCGAAAGCUCCGUUCGACUGGGCCCUCUCAUCUACCCCAACGGCGACGAGAAGGAGUUUCAGCUUCAUCUGUGGGGAGAAAUUGAUCCCUCCAAGUCCAAGUUUACCGUCACUCCCAACAAGGUCGAGCUAAGCCUGGCGAAGAAGACGGCCGGUAAAUGGCCAACUCUCCAGUCUGAUGGAUCCCCAGCAGCGCAACCUCCAGUAGCAAAGCCUGCCGUUGUAACAGCACCCGAGACCAAAAAGCCGGAAUCUGUCGUCGAUUCUGUCAAAAGCGAGCCUUCAGAGCCUUCAGAGCCUUCAGCUGCGAAGCCAUCCUACCCCACGUCCUCUCGCUCUGGUCCUAAAGACUGGGACAAGGUCGGCGAAGACGAGAAUUCAGAUGAUGAUAGAGACAUCAACUCUUUCUUCAAGAAGCUCUACAAGGGAGCUACCCCCGAGCAGCAGCGCGCUAUGAUGAAGAGCUUUACCGAGAGCAGCGGAACAUCCCUGAGCACGAACUGGGACGAUGUCAAGGACAAGAGGGUUGAGACUGUCCCACCCGAUGGUGUCGAGGCAAAGAAAUGGGAGUAGUUAACUAUUACUACAUCCAGCAAGUUUUCAGCGAAGUUGUCGGAGAGAAUUGGAACAAGUGAUUAUCUAGAUUGAUUGACGACGCAUUCAAGUGUGUAUUAUGUGCGCGGCGCACGAAACGGAACAAAAAUGGGAUUUGCUUUUAUCAUUGU